AUGAAGUCGGUGUCGCUGCUGCUGCUCUCGGCCAUCGCGCUGGCGCUUGCCAAGCGCCCGCAGAGCAUUGCCUUUUCGUGGCCGGAAGGCGACGACAAGAAGCACUACGACCCCGAUAUGGCGCCCGAGACGCAACACAUCCCGCUCGACCCGAUGGACGCGGCGCUGCGCCCGCCGCCGCCACGCGUGUCGGCGACGCCCGACAUCUUUGUGGGCCUCUCGACGUUCCGCGACGGGCACCGGUGUGGCUACACGCUCUUUACGGGCUUCAAGCGCGCCGUGCACCCCGACCGCCUCUACUUUGGCGUCGUCGACCAGGUCAACCCCGGCGACCUCCGGUGCUUGGACGAAUAUUGCAAGAUGGCCAAUGCCGAAUGGCCCGAAGAAGAGUGCAAGUACAAGGCGCAGAUCAAGAUUGACGAGCGCCUCGCCGACGACUCGCGCGGCCCGACGUACGCGCGCCACUACCAGCAAAAGCUGGUCGGCGACCAAGAGUUUUGCCUCCAGCUGGAUGCGCACUCGCUCCCGCACCUCUGCACAACCAUGCGCGGCGGCAACGGCUGCGUCCGCAACGUAGGCGCGAGCAUGAUGCAGCGCCCCGAGAUGCCGCAGAUGCAGGCGCUCUGGGGCGCAGGCCUCUCGUUUGGCAAGUGCCACGCCGAGAAGCGCGUGCUUAUCGACUCGCACACGCUGUGGAUGUUUGACGGCGAGGAAUUCCUCCGCGCGUCGCACCUCUGGACGUACGGCUACGACAUGUACUCGCCCAGCACGGGCGGCACGGUCGUGUACCACAACUACACGAGCGUCCCCGCACGCUUUGAGCACGUUCAGGUAGACCAAGCGCGCAAGACGGAGGAAGAAAAAAUGGGUGUCAACCGCUUCAAGCUAAUGGUCGGGCAGCCGUUCAAGGGCCCCGUCGACACGGAAGAGUGGGACAAAUAUGCCUUUGGCACCGUGCGUCCGUUCAAAGCAUUUCUCAACUUUUCAGGCAUUACGUUUGAGGAAGGCAAGAGCGACGAGCACUCGUGCAAGCAGCUCCACUGGGUCCCGUACACCAACCCCGCCGAAAUCGAGGCGCUCGUGCCCGGGUGGCACCUCCGCCCGAAGAAGACGCCGACACUGACGGCCGCGCCGCCACCGGUGCAAGUCCUCUCGAACGAUGAGGCUGGUGUGCGCUCGGUGACGGCUGCGCCGACGCGCCGCGAAAAGGCGCCGGACCACGGGAUCGAAGCCACGAUCUCGCUCGACCAUGUGCCGACGGUGACCGGUCCCGUGCUCUUUAUGCUCUUUGGCGUCGUGGUAUUUGGUGUCGUCAUGUACUCGAACGACGGUCUCUGGCUCAGCACGAAACGCUACUUCCGGCUGCAGCACAAGGCGCGCAACUAG